GGGUGAUGUCUGAGGAAAGAUGGCGGAAGGAGGAGCGGCUGAUCUGGAUACCCAGAGAGGAGAGGUCGCGGCACUGUUGAAAACACAGCUAAGAAAGGGAGACACUUGGUACCUGGUGGACAGCCACUGGUUCAAACAGUGGAAGAAAUAUGUGGGCUAUGACAGUUGGGACAAAUACCAGAUGGGGGACCAGAAUGUCUACCCAGGACCAGUUGAUAACUCUGGUCUUCUCAGAGAUGGGGAUGUGCUGGCCAUCAAGGAGCACCUAAUUGAUGAGCUUGACUACAUCCUGGUCCCCACAGAGGGCUGGAAUAAGCUGGUCAGCUGGUAUGGACUGACAGAGAACCAGGAGCCAAUUGCACGCAAGGUGGUGGAACAGGGUAUGUUUGUGAAGCACUGCAAGGUGGAGGUGUACCUGACGGAGCUGAAGCUCUGUGAAGACAGCAACAUGGACAAUGUGAUCACCAGACGCUUCAGUAAAGCUGACACAAUAGACAUGAUAGAGAAAGAAAUGCGGAAGCUGUUCAGCAUCGCUGAUGAGAAGGAGACCAGGCUGUGGAACAGGUACAUGAGCAACACCUUUGAGCCUCUCAAUAAACCUGACAGCACCAUUCAAGACGCUGGCCUCUACCAAGGACAGGUGCUCGUAAUAGAGCAGAAGAGCGAGGAUGGCUCAUGGCCCCGAGGCUCCACAGCACCCAAGUCAUCUGGUGCUUCCAAUCUCUCUGCUUUGCCAAAGAUCUCGCCUUCAUCUCUCACAAACAAUCAUAACAGCAGCUUCAACAGCAGGAAUGUGAAGAAUUCAAGCUAUAGUCUACCGUCCUACCACCCUUACAGCAACAGCUAUGACUACUCAGACCAGAGCAGGCAGAGUGAGCGCUCGGGCCUCUGUGGACUCUCCAACCUGGGCAACACCUGCUUCAUGAACUCUGCUGUGCAGUGUUUAAGCAAUAUCCCUCCACUGACGGAGUACUUCCUUAAAGACAAGUUCACAGAAGAGCUGAAUGAAGACAACCCGCUGGGCAUGAAGGGGGAGAUUGCCAGAGCCUACGCCGAGCUUAUCAAGCAGCUGUGGUCGGGCAAAUACAGCUAUGUCACCCCGAGGCCUUUCAAGACCCAGGUGGGCCGCUUUGCCCCACAGUUCUCGGGCUACCAACAGCAGGACUCUCAUGAGCUGCUGGCCUUUCUCCUUGAUGGCCUUCACGAAGACUUGAACCGCAUCAGAAAGAAGCCCUACAUCCAGCUCAAGGACGCUAACGGCAGGCCUGAUAAGGUGGUAGCAGAGGAGGCGUGGGAGAACCACAUCAAGAGGAACGACUCCAUCAUCGUGGACAUCUUCCACGGCCUUUUUAAGUCCACCCUGGUUUGUCCUGUGUGCUCCAAGGUGUCUGUGACCUUUGAUCCUUUCUGCUACUUGACCCUGCCGCUGCCUAUGAAGAAAGAGCGGACACUGGAGGUCUAUCUGGUCAGACUGGACCCUCUGGCCAAACCCACACAGUACAAGCUGACUGUGCCAAAGGUGGGCUACAUCUCUGACCUGUGUACCUCGCUCUCAAACCUGUCUGGGGUGUCCGCUGAGAAGAUGAUUGUAACUGACAUCUACAACCACCGUUUCCAUCGGAUCUUCGCCACCAACGAAAACCUCAGCAGCAUCAUGGAGAGAGAUGAUAUCUAUGUAUUUGAGUUGGCGGUCAACAGGGUAGAGGACACUGACCACGUGGUGAUCCCGGUGCACCUGAGGGAGAAGUACAAGCAGUCGGGCUACAAUCACACCAGCACGCCGCUGUUCGGACAGCCAUUCCUCCUCGCCGUCCCCAGAACACUCAGUGAAGAUAAACUCUACAACAUGCUGCUUCUGCGCCUCUGCCGGUUUGUACGAUCUUCAGUAGAGGAGGAUGAAGAGGAUUGUGAAGAGACACAGCCAUCCAAACAGCACACUGUCAAUGGUAACACCACUAAUGGACUGCUGGAGGAGGGGUCGCCGAGCGAGAUGGAGACCGAUGAGCAAGACGACGAGUCCAGCCAGGAUCAGGAGCUGCCCUCUGAGAACGACAACAGCCAGUCAGAAGACUCCGUGGACAACGAGCUGGAGAACGGCGUGGUUGCUCCACAGAACUCCACCAAAGGCCAGCAGACGGCCGGGCACAACAGAAAGAGACUUUUCACAUUCCAGUUCAAUAACAUGGGAAAAACAGACUUCUCCCUCAUCAAGGAGGACACCAGGCAGAUCCGCUUUGACGAGGGACACCUCCGACUCAGUGACCGCUCUUAUCUCUCCUUGGACUGGGAACCAGAGAUGAAAAAGAAGUACUUUGACGAGACUGUUGUCGAGGACUUUGACAAGCAUGAGAGCAUGGAGUACAAGCCUCAGAAGAAGGCUUUCUUCAAGCUGAAGGACUGCAUUGAACUUUUUACCACAAAGGAAAAACUGGGAGCAGAGGACCCAUGGUACUGUCCAAACUGUAAGCAGCACCAACAGGCCACAAAGAAGCUGGACCUGUGGUCUCUGCCACCGGUGCUGGUGGUCCAUCUCAAACGCUUCUCCUACAGUCGAUACAUGAGGGAUAAACUGGACUCCCUUGUUGAUUUCCCACUCAGAGACCUGGACAUGUCUGAGUUCCUGAUCAACCCCAACGCCGGACCCUGUCGCUAUGACCUCAUUGCCGUGUCCAACCACUAUGGCGGGAUGGGUGGAGGCCACUAUACGGCUUACGCCAAGAACAAAGAUGACGGAAAGUGGUACAACUUUGAUGACAGCAGCGUGUCUCCUGCCAACGAAGAUCAAAUAGUGUCCAAAGCAGGCUACGUGCUGUUCUACCAGCGCCAGGACACGGUGAAGGGCACCGGCUACUUCGCUCUAGACCGUGAAGAAGAGGAAGAGGAGGAGGAGGAGGAGGAAGAAGAAGGAGAAGAUGAGGAGAACGAAGGCGAGGAGAGGCAGGAGAGAAAGGCCGCCGCAGCCUCCUCCUCUCAGGGCGCCUCGUCCGCCGCCGGUGCCGCGGCAGCUGAUGCGGCUCAGAGCGACGAGGAGGACCUGAACGAGAACCGGCGCAGGAAGAACGACAACGAGCAGGGAGAUGAGGAGGAGGAAGAGGAGGAGGAGGAGGAUGAAGAGGAGGAGGAGGAGCAGGCGCCCAAUCGAGACGUCACCAUGAAAACCAACUGAGGCAAACGAGGACAUAAAUAAAUGGAGAGAGAGACUAGGAUCUUUCCAUCCAAAGCCAUAUGGACACACAGCAUGGCAGCGGGCGCCACCGGUCUCACCCAGUGGCUCGGACUCGGCCGCUCGACAGGCGGAGCCACCGCGGGGGUGACGACUGUUAGGUCAGGGAGCUGCCGGGGUACGCAACUCUAAGAAAUCAGGGCCCUCCUCUGUGGUUGGAUCACUGUGUGUGUGUGUGUAAAGCGUGUGUGUGUUGCCACGUCCGUUUGUUUAGGAUUUGCUCACCUGCUCUCUGAAAAGAGUCACUGAACGACAUUGAGGUGGAUUUAGACUCUUCACCGUACCGCGGUGUAGCGCUCUGAAUCGCCCUCUUGCUUUUUGUGUUCCUCUGUUGUUUUUUUAUAUGUUUUUGAGAGCAAUGCAUUGUUGGCAUAUCAUUUUAUUAUCAUUUAGACCUUGUAAAUAUUUUAAACACUGAAUUAUAUCGGGUUUUCAUGAUGCGCUGAAAUAUUGUGAACUUGCACAAUCACCACCCAUCCACCUUUUUUAUGUAUUAUUAUUGCCAGACAUACUGCAAUUGUUUAACAAUAACAUUGUCUCUCAGAGGGUUUUCUCACACUAAAAGCUUAGGAAGCUGCCUUUAGUAAGCCAGUGGUGAGCCGCUUGUACAGUCUAGACUUAACACAGACAAGUGAAGCUCAUAGUUGGUUUUAUAAAGUGUCAAACAGCCAAACUGUCCUAGCUUUGUACUGCUGCUACUGCUGUGAUCUUGCAUUUUUAGACAGAUUAUUAGUGUAUCAGCAUGAACCUUAGCAAGUUAAGGUCCUGCUUUUGUUGUCUCUCUCUGGUUUCCUCUGUUGGUAAGUUAUAUUUCGUAAAACCUAAAAAUGAAGCAGGAUCGAGAAGUUAUCCAAUGAAUAUGUAAUGCAUCCAUUAGUUUUUCUGAAUUAAAGAGGAAAUUAUCUGGGAAUUACGAUGAAGGUUUCCAUGGAAAAAAAACACCUGAAUGAGAAUUUUCAAAUUUAUUCAGAACCAGAGUAGAAUUUUUUCUUGAAAAUUCUGCUCUGUUUUCUUGAUUUAUUGAGAUUAUUUCAAAGCUGAUUUUUUUUUCAUGAAAACAUUUAUCAGAAUUCUGAGAUAGUCAUUCAUUCAGAAAAACAAGCCUUUUAAAGACUUAUUUAAAAAAAAAACUUUUUUACCCCAUAAAGACUUCUCAGAGUUCUGAGAUAAUCAAAAUGUAAAUGUAUUUAAUUAUCCAAUUAAUUCAGAAAAAACAGCAAUUUUAUUCAUGAAAACUUUUUCCUAAAUUUUAAGAUUAAUUUCUCUGUAAUUCUGAAAAGCAGGCCAAAUAUUUUUUUCUCCUAAGUGAAUGCAUUACACUUCCAUAAUUUCCAGCUAACUUUUGCAAAAUACUUAACAGAUUUCAGCUUUUGCACAUUUUUAUCUCCAAAUAUGAAUUAGUAAAAGCUGUUGGUCUUAAUCAACUCAACAGAAUGUGCAAGGUUCGCGACAGUUUUCUGUUUAAAAGUUGGCUGGCUGACUCAGAUCCUACUUUACAAAUCUCCUGUUUAGCUCUCCUUUAAGUUAUUCGUAGGUGGUGUUUAAAGCUUUACCACAGCUCUGCUCUCUCUCUCCUCUUCAUAUUCGAGGCACUAUGAGAUUAGGAACAUCGGUGAUUUUCGCUGACAUCAGAUGGAUCAUCUCUUGUUCGGAUCACCUCGGCCUUAACUCUUAAUCUCAGACCGGUCGCCUUUUCUUUGCACAUCACCAACACAGCGUCUUUUACUCACACGGCCCUGUCAUACACCAACACUUUGUCGCAUACGAAUGUUACAUCGCAGCCAUCUCAAACUGUUUGUUUUAACCCACAAGAGGGCCAGAAUGUAUGCUGAAUGGAAUGAACACUGACCAGAUUUAUGUGGUUGAUGCCUUUUUGAUUAUUUACAGGGCCACGUUUUUUUUUUUCUUUUUUUUUUUUCUUCUUUUCAUGGCUCCCUUUUUUGGUUUGGUUGAAUGUGAUGGUUAUGAGUUCUUCUUCGCCUUUGAUAUUAGCUGUAUGAAUUCAAGGGUACUGCUGAAUGCGUCCCUUUUCUGGAGGGGGGAAAACGCUUCUAUGUGGUCCUGAGCUUUGAGGAUGGGGAGGGAGGGAGGGAGGGAGGGAAGGGGACAAAACUGCAAACUGCGGGGUGAGUCUGCCUAAAAGGCCGAUCAGCUUUCGGGAUCAUGAUACAGUGAAAAUAUUUUGUGGCAGAUCGUUGCAGGAUAUUCCUCCAUCGGUGUAACUCAUGAUGAAACUAUUCUCCAUGGUGGAGUAUUAUGUUUUCUUUUUCUACCUGUACUUCCAUUGUAAACAGCAUUAGCGUACCUGUUGUUGCCUCAGAAUAUUAGAUUUGUACCAUGCCUUUACGAGCAUCUCUGUGCUUUGACUUCAGCAGGCGUCAUCGCCUCAGCGCUGCCUUGCUUUUUGGGCGACUCACCCCCCAAAUCCUGACUGAGUGAGAUGUGAUUGCUACUAUAGGCUUAUACAAUAAUGUACAUAAGAGUUCACUCUGUGAGUGCACAUUUGAUAAAGUUUAUUUAUUUAUAUGUAAGCAUUUAAUAAUAAACAGACAAUAUAUUUAAAAAACCUUGGCAAAUAAAUGUCGGGGAGGAAAACGUGGCUCGAGUCCACACGUACACACUAGUUUGCAAAGUCUUGCCUGUGCUCUUGUCAGGGAGGGAAUAUUUUUAAAAAAAGAGGAUGGUUCUGUUGUUUUGGGACUUUUUUUGUAAAGAUAAUCCAGACAUCCUUGCAUGACGACAUAACGGGGGUUUCCAGGUUUGGCUGCACUUGAGUUCACUUGGGUUUACAUUUGAAAUGUGCAUGUGUAUUUAUACACAAUCUUCAAUAAAGUUGUGUAAAGCUU